AUGGGAAAUAAAGUUGUUGUUAAAGAUGUUACAUCAAAAAACUUAUCUCAAGAAGAUAUUGAAAUGCUGAAAAAAGCUUCAAAAUUGAGUGAAGAAGAAAUCAAAGAAACAUAUCGUGGUUUUUGGAAUGAAUUUCCGAAAGGUAAAAUGGACAAGAAAGGAUUUUCGAAAUACUAUCAAAAAAUCAAAGAUGAAAGCGAUAAAAAUGGCAUUUUAUGCGAUCAUGUUUUCGCUGUAUUUGAUCAAAAUCAUGAUGGUACAAUUGAUUUUCGUGAAUUUCUAUUAGCUGUUGCACUAGGUACACCUGCUGAUCUGGAUAGUCAUUUAGAUUAUGUUUUUGAAAUGUGCGAUAUUUCAGGUGAUGGGCAUAUAGAUAUAAAAGAAUUAACUAAGUUUCUUCAAGCGUCGCUAACGCUCGUAAAUCAAACUGAUUAUGAUUCGAAAAUAAUGGCUAGUGAUGUCUUCAAAAAGCUUGGUAUAAGUGAAGAUCAAAAAUUGACUAAAGAACAAUUUAUUAACGGGUACAUUUAA